CGGAACCUCGAGCACGCGCGAACGCCGCCCCGCCGACGACGGCGAGACUCCAUCGAGUCUAACAGACGCAAACGAGAGAGGGAGAGAACACUCGAGAUGUCCACCGCGGUCGCGAGCGCGCCCACGAUCGGGGUCCGCAACGGAAACCUGAUGCACGGACAGAGGCUGAGUCACGCGCGGCGCGUCGCGGUCGGCGCUCGACACGGGCGGGUGGCGCCGAGGACCAUGGCGUUCGUCCCGAACCUCAUUCCCAACCCGUUCCACCGAUGGGGCGACGACGCGAACCCCAACGCCCCGCCGGAAACCACCCUCCGCGGCAUGCUCGCCGCCAAGCACGACAAGUGGCAGGUGGGCCACGAGAACGGCUACGACGAAUCCGACACCGUCUGGCGCAAGUUCCGCUGCAGGAACAAGGCCAAGGGGCACGAGCUGCUGGAGGCUGUGCAGGAUGAGCUCUACGUGCCCAACGAGCAGGGAUGCCGCAUCAGGCGGGAGUCGCAGGGGAUGUUCUACAUGUGCUGCGACGGCGUGAGGGUGCGGCUCAACGAGACGAAGAGCGAGGUGCUCGUCGAGGUGCCGCUGCCGAGGGAGACCAACGCCGAGAUCGCGGCGUGCGAGAAGACCCUUCGCGUCGUCGAGGACCUGGCGAAAAAAUCCGGGUGCAAGGUGUGACUUUAUCUGCGCGAAUUUUGGGAGGAGGAAUGACGGAGAGAGAGCGACGCCCAUGAGUAGCUAUUCACAGCGCGCGCCGUGCCGUGCUGUGGUCUCGCGUGUAUAAAAGUCGGUCGUUCGUGUAUAAUACCGUCGUCGUGGCGU